AUGCAAUCGUUUGAUAGAAACGAGGACAUUAGCGCAGAUAAUGAUGUGGAUAGUGAUAAAAUUGCCAUUGAGAUAAAUUCUCAAGAGCUGAAAGAAUGUCAAUCAAAUAUAAGGGAACUAAAAGAAAAACUUACGGGAUCGAGCCACAACCAAUCAUCGAUGAUGUGUUAUCAAGAUCGAAAAAAUUCUCAACCACAUCCAACGCCAGAUUCUGCGGAAGAUGAUAAUGGAGAGUCAUCUUUUAUUAGUUCGUCAUCAUCAACGAGCGAUGCAGAGGAUGAUGAUGAGCCAUUGGAUGCAUUACAAGAUAAGGGCUGGAUGGACGAGGUUUCUCUGCCUUCUUCGCAAUUACAGCAUGAAAUGAAUGGACAUGUGUUGCCAGCUAAUAAUCCUUCAGAAUUUGGGGAUGUUUGCAUAAAAAACUCCUCGAACGUGCACUUGGGGAGUAGAGUAUUUUAUAAAGGGCCUGUGACUAUCAAACAAUUUGUUUAUACGAAUUCUGCAGCAAUUACCGAUGACCCUGAGAGUUUGCAAAGUGACGGAGAAAAGCUCAAAAGCAAUACUACCAACAGCGAUAGUAAAUCAUUUGAUGAUCUAUCAUUAUCAAAAAGACCAUCGCAUAUCUUCAAUUUUUUAGCCCAUCAUAAUAAAGGUAAUUAA